CCAUGAUAAAAGAUAUGAUUAGCAAUACUCAGGUUUUGAUAAAAAAUAGUAUACUUCUAAUCAAAAGCCUUAGGAAUUAGAUAGAGGAAGCUAAUCUAUUAUUAAUUAAUUAAAGGAUGAAUAGUAAUAAACUGAAAGAUUAAAAGCUGAAUUGAAUAUGGCUAGAGAUAAAGAAAAAGAGUUUUAAAAGCGAUUGUAAAUUAAAAUUCUUAUUUCAAUAGAUCUAAAUUAGAAUAGGAUUAUGAAUCUAAACAGAGAGAAGAUAAACAAAAAAUCUAAUAAUUAUAAGAUGAAAAUAAAAAUUUAAAUUAAAAACUCAACUAAUCUAAUAGGCAUUUACAAGAUGAAAUCAAUAAAGUUCGACAAUAAUAUGAAUCUUAACUUAAUGAACUAGAAUAAGCUUAUAAUGAAAAAGAGUAAUAGUUGGAAUAAAUAACACAGGAAUUUAAUUUUGUAAAUUAUUUUAAAAUUUAUAUCUUAGGAAGAAAUAUAAAAAAAAAUCGAAGAAUUAUAAUAAGAGUCAGAUAUGAAAGACUAAAUUAUUGAGUAAUAUCAAUAGUAACUUUAAGAUAUGUAAGAAGCAAUUCAAUAAAUUCAAGAAGAAUAAGCAAACAAUAGUCGUAAUACAAAAAAUCAAUUCUCUUCAAAUAAGAAAUUAUCAAAAAGUUAAGAUAAUGAUAAAGAUCAAAUGAUUUAGAAUUUAUAACAGUAACUUGAAGUUAAAGAUGAGGAUUGUAGAAGAUUAGAAGGUAUUUUACAUGAAUAUAUUUAAUUGUAGAAUUGAUUGAGAAUUUUAAGCCAUUAUAUUAAAAUUUAAGUGAUGAGAAAUAACAAUUAUAAGAGGAAGUUGAUAAAUUAGCUAAUGAAAAUAAUCAAUUCAGAGAAAUCUUUAGUGUAAUUUAUUCCAAAAAUUUAGUAAAACUUGCAUUUAUUCGGGAUUGAUCCAGAACAACUAAAUGAAGAUGGUGAGGACGGAGAAGGUGAAUAUCCUGAAGAAAUAGCAGAGGAAAAUGAUGAUCAAAAUGAUUGA